AUGAAAACUCAAAUCAUUUUCACCAGUCUUUCCAUGGCGGCAUCUCUUGCCACCGUCGAAUCCUUUUACGUCCCGGCUCGUAAACCCGCCUCCUCGUCCUCCUCUCGCCUUGGUCUAAAGAACUUGAGCAAGAAACUAAUGCAAGAAAAGAAGGAGCACCAACACGAAAGCAAUGAUCCAACAGCCAACGAUAUCGCUGGUCGAUUCAUGAGCUUCGCUGCUCAAUCCCCCAAGCCACUCACUACGUCCUACUCCUGGAAAAAGGAAGACGACACGACCAAGGAGCAAGAAGAACCAUCGACCGAUGUGUCUUCCAUCAGCUUGCAAGAAACUGCCAGCUCGACAGGCUAUGAUGAAUAUGCUAUGCCGACGCCAAAUACCGAGGAAUGGCUCACGGCCUUGGCGGAACUUGAAGAUCGACUGGAACAAACCAAAUUAAGCCACACACAAGUUUGGGGCGCAGAAUCAUCGGUUCAAACACCGAGAAGCAUACACGAUGAUUCUGAAGGUUGCUGGCAAUAA